CGAGAAGAGGAAACCCCGAACCGUUUCCCCAGUGAGACCGAUGUGCAUGAUCGUGGUGUCGGGAGAGCAACUGUAGGACCCGAGUGGAGCUCCCUGGAUGCUUCUGCCAGUAUGACAUCAGCAACGGUGGUCAGCCAGGUGGUGGAGGAGAGUAUGAAGUUCAGGAGGGCUUUGGCUGGACCAAUGGAGUGGUCCUGAUGCUCUUGGACUGCUAUGGUGACCGGCUGAGCUCGGGGACCCAGACAGCUUUCCUGGAGCCCCACUGCCUCACAGCUGCCCUUCUGCCCAGCUUCCUGCCACAGUGAUGGGCCUCCCUGCCCCGUCUGCCUCAUUAAACUUCUUUGCCUUAAUAGAAAAACACUGACUUCCUGGAAGACGAGGGAAUUCUGCCCACCAGACUGCCUUUAGACUUCUCUGGGUCUCCAGCCUGCUGACCUAGCUUGCAGAUUUUGGACUUGGAGAGCCUCCACAAUCAUGCCUGAGCCAUCAAUCCAAGAGCACUGCUGCGGCCUCCUCGCGUGCCCCGGCCUCACGCCACACCCAGGACAGAAGCUUGAGCCAUUCUGUUUGAAAUGUUAAAGGAAAAGCCCCACUGCCACCCCACCACGUGACUCAGGGAAGGGCCCAUGCAGGCUGCCCCUGCGGAGACUGAGACAAGAGGAGAACAAGUAGCAGGUGGGGGUCAGGUGUUGGCCUCUGUGAGCUGAGCCCAGGAGCAGCAAGCUGCAGUGCACAGACCUGGCAUCCAGCCCCUCAGGCGGCCACGCCCCAAACGUGGACUUUGGCUGCCCGAGGUAGGUGGGUGAAUGCACCCCAGCGAGUGAGAGGUGACAGAGCUGACUCCAGGACCACGGCCACAGCCACCAUGCAGGCGAAGACUCGGGAGCUGUGUCUCUUGCUUUUGUUGGGACUGGGGUCGCAGGGCGCCCUGCCCCCACCCUGUGACAGCCAGAUUUACUGCCACGGGGAGCUCCUGCACCAAGUGCAGAUGGCCAAGCUCUACCAGGAUGACAAGCAGUUCGUGGACAUGCCACUGUCCUCGGCUCCAGACCAGGUCCUGCAGCGCUUCGGUGAGCUGGCCGCUGCCCACAACCACAGCAUUCCCCAGCAGCAGCUGCAGGCAUUCAUCCAAGAGCACUUCCAGUCCGUGGGGCAGGAACUGCAAUCCUGGACUCCUGAGGACUGGAAGGACAGCCCCCGGUUCCUGCAGAAGAUCUCUGACCCCAAGCUGCGAGCCUGGGGAGAACAGCUCCACCAGCUCUGGAAGAAACUAGGAAAGAAGGUGAAGCCAGAGGUCCUCAGCCACCCGGAGCAGUUCUCGCUGAUCUACUCGGCCCACCCCUUCAUCGUGCCUGGAGGGCGCUUCCUCGAAUUCUACUACUGGGACUCCUACUGGGUGAUGGAGGGGCUGCUGCUCUCUGAGAUGCCCGAGACGGUGAAGGGCAUGCUGCAGAACUUCCUGGACCUGGUGCGGAUCUACGGCCACGUCCCCAACGGGGCCCGCGUGUACUACCUGCAGCGGAGCCAGCCCCCACUCCUGACGCUCAUGAUGGACAGCUACCUGACCCACACCGACGACACCACCUUCCUCCGGGACAACAUCGGGACCCUAGCCUUGGAAUUGGACUUCUGGACGGAGAACAGGACCAUCUCUGUGAGCUUGGGGGGAAAGAGCUACGUCCUGAAUCACUAUGCUGUCCCUUAUGGGGGACCCAGGCCAGAGUCGUACAGCAAAGAUGCCAAGCUGGCAGACACGUUGCCGGAAGGGGACCGGGAGGCUCUGUGGGCUGAGCUCAAGGCUGGGGCCGAGUCUGGCUGGGACUUCUCUUCACGGUGGCUCGUCGGAGGCCCAGACCCCACAUUGCUCAGCAGCAUCCGGACCAGCAAAUCCGUGCCUGUUGACCUCAACGCCUUCCUAUGCCAGGCAGAGGAGCUGAUGAGCAACUUCUACUCCAGACUGGGGAACGACAUCCAAGCCACAAAGUACAGAGAUCUGCGGCAACAGCGCAUGGCUGCCAUGAGAGCCAUCCUGUGGGAUGAAGAGAAAGGUGCCUGGUUUGACUAUGACCUUGAGAAAGGAAAGAAGAAACUAGAGUUUUACCCAUCCAACCUCACUCCUCUCUGGUCCGGCUGUUUCUCUGACCUGGACGCCGUGGACAAGGCCCUGAAAUAUCUGGAGGACAGCCAGAUCUUGACCUACCAGUACGGGAUCCCGACCUCUCUGCAGAACACAGGCCAGCAGUGGGACUUCCCCAAUGCCUGGGCCCCCCUGCAGGACCUGGUCAUCAGAGGUCUGGCCAAGUCUCCUUCACCUCGGGCCCAGGAAGUGGCUUUCCAGCUGGCUCAGAAUUGGAUCCGAACCAACUUUGAGGUCUACUCCCAAAGGUCAGCCAUGUUUGAGAAGUAUGACAUCAGCAACGGUGGUCAGCCAGGUGGUGGAGGAGAGUAUGAAGUUCAGGAGGGCUUUGGCUGGACCAAUGGAGUGGUCCUGAUGCUCUUGGACCGCUAUGGUGACCGGCUGAGCUCGGGGACCCAGACAGCUUUCCUGGAGCCCCACUGCUUCACCGCUGCCCUUCUGCUCAGCCUCCUGCCCAGCUUCCUGCCACAGUGAUGGGCCUCCCUGCCCCGUCUGCCUCAUUAAA